UUAGUGCGCGUGUAAUUCAUGCAAUACUAGCUGUGAGCUGUGUGACUAAUCAUUGAUACGAAACCACAUCAGAAUUUGAUUCGUGAACGAUUACCAACAGAAACAAAAGAAUUUAUAAAAAUGGAAACAGAUUCUCAUGAAUCGUCGGUUCUGGAAAACUGGGCCGAUCAAGAAGAUCCAGGACCCGGUCUUUCUAACCAGUUUUCGACGUUAAAUGUGGGAGCGAAACCCUUCGUACCAAACGUGAAUGCACCGGCAUUUGUGCCGGGAUCAUAUGCCUCCAACACACAACCGGAAUUAGAGGCCACUGCCACAGCAGGCAAUGCAGCUCUGGAGAGUGCAGGGUUUGGUAAUGAUGAUGCAGUCGUCAUGGAAGCCCAGGUUGAAGAGGAAGAGGAGGAGGAAGAAGAACCCAUGCAAGAGGAAGAAUCUCCAAAGCCUGUCAAAGAUAAUGGAUCAAUGAAAGCCUUUAUUGCACCCAAGCCUUCCAAGCAACAAACUCCUAAAGAAGAAGAACCAGAAUCUAAGAAAGAACAUGUCAAUGUUGUCUUCAUCGGGCACGUUGAUGCAGGGAAGUCCACCAUUGGAGGUCAUAUAAUGUAUCUCACAGGAGGUGUAGAUAAGAGAACACUAGAAAAAUAUGAAAGAGAGGCUAAAGAAAAGAACAGAGAGAGUUGGUACUUAUCAUGGGCACUAGACACCAACCAAGAAGAGCGUGAUAAGGGAAAGACGGUGGAGGUCGGCAGAGCGUACUUUGAGACAGAAAAGAAACAUUUCACAAUACUUGACGCUCCUGGCCAUCGAAGCUUUGUACCUAACAUGAUCGGUGGUGCAGCUCAAGCUGAUUUAGCUGUAUUGGUAAUAUCAGCACGGAAAGGUGAAUUUGAAACUGGUUUUGAAAGGGGAGGACAGACGCGAGAGCAUGCAAUGUUAGCGAAGACAGCCGGUGUUAAACAUCUAGUCAUUCUUAUUAAUAAAAUGGAUGACCCUACAGUAGAGUGGUCUCUUGCUAGGUAUGACGAGUGCAAGGAGAAGUUGCUUCCGUUCCUCCGUAAGGUUGGCUUCAAUCCCAAAAAAGACAUUCAUUUCAUUCCUGUGUCGGGGAUCACGGGGGCCAACCUCAAGGUGUCCGCAACAGACAAGUGCCCUUGGUACACCGGCCACCCGUUCAUCACAUACAUAGAUGAAUUACCCCCGCUGCCUGCAAGGAACUCCUCAGGGCCUCUACGGUUACCCAUCACAGAUAGGUACAAGGACAUGGGUACAAUCUUGCUAGGAAAAGUAGAAUCAGGGAAUUUAAGGAGAGGAGGAACAUAUACCCUAAUGCCCAACAAAACAAAUGUAGAAAUUCUUCAAAUCAUCUCAGAUGAAAAUGAAACUAACUCUGCAAGAACGGGAGAAAACGUCAAACUAAAAGUUCGAGGGGUAGAAGAAGAGGAUGUAUCUCCUGGUUUUGUCCUUUGUGAUACAACAGAUGUAUGUCAUACCUCCAAAAUGUUUGAUGCACAGAUUGCAAUUGUAGAAUAUAAGUCCAUUAUCUGUUCAGGCUAUGGUGCAGUGCUUCACAUCCACAAUGCUGUAGAAGAAGUUCAAAUCACUAAAAUCAUUGCACUGAUAGAUAAGAAGACAGGGGCCAAGACAAAGCAACGGCCACGCUUCAUCAAACAGGACCAGGUAGCCAUUGCUAGAUUGGAGACAACAGGAAUACUCUGUAUGGAAACCUUUAAGGAAUUCUCACAAAUGGGUCGUUUUACUCUUAGAGAUGAAGGUAAAACUAUUGCAAUUGGCAAGGUCCUGAAGCUAUUGUAAAUCCUAACCACCAGACAUUGUCAUAAAUACAGUCACACCUGUGACACUUAGCGCAAAAAACAGUUCCAAACCUAAGCCACUACCACCAAAGCAUCCAGGAUCUCAUGGUGAUCUCAAAGUGCACCCCAGGAACUUGAGGAUCCUCGAGGCAAGGAACAUCAGCUGGAACUACUUUCUUACAUCAAACACAUCUCCAAACUCUUCAUUUUUCACCCUCACUCAAAGCAAACAUAUUCAGUAUGGUCUUUAUGAAUGAAUUUGACUUGAGAAUCCAUUUGGAAACAAGUGAAGAGCAGUGUCUUGAAGCUUUGUUGCUUGGUUUGCCAGUCUUUAGGAGAGGUGUGCCUUACUAGCUAUUCCAACAGCCAAAUACAGAGCUCAAAUGAUGGAACAUAGACGAAAGAAGUGAUCAGCUAGUAUGGACUCUGGGAGCAAUUUGUAGUUGCCCCCCUUCAUGUUAUGUAGAAUGGAAUUGUUAAACAUGUAGGUAUUUCCUAGGAUUUCUCUUGGAGAGAGAUUCUUUGUGUAUUAUUUAUUAUCAUCCCAUUAUUAUGUUGUUGCAUGCAGUCUUAUGUUUAAUAAAAAGGGCAUUGGUAGUAGAUAAACACGCUUAUUUUACAGGGGAUUGUCAAAACCUACGCCAAUUUGCACCAUCAAAUUUAUGUCAACACACCAACAAUCAAUUUAGGGUAGAAGCUCAGUAUAUAGCAAGGUGCUUGGGACCAAAAAAUGCCUUGUUAUUAAAAGCAAGGAAUCUUUCGUACAGGUUAAGAUCUGGCCCCAUGGGCCCAUUUCCAAAGACUUUAUACUUGAUAUUAUUGUAACUACCAUGGAAUUCCUGCUUGUGAUUGGCUGCUGAGCCUUGUUACCAUGGCAGCUGCCUUUACAGUAAAGUUACAAUAGUCGUAACUCUUUGUGAAAUGGGCCUCAGGACUUCGUGAACAUCAGGUGGGUGUUUCAUAAAACUGUAAGUUCACUCGACUGAAUGACUAUUGAGAUAAUUGAGAUAGACCAAAAUUGUUCCUGUUACAUAAUGGGGAUGCAUUCCCACUGAUUCUCAUCAAAUAUGCACAAUUUAUAAACUUUGCAUUGAGCUAAUUGUUAAGAACAAGAAUUUCAACGUAAGAAGAACAGAUUUCAAAUUUAGCUGAUGGGAGUGCAACUGUUAGCACGAGAAAGGCUCACCAGUCAUGCAGAAAAUCAUGCUUAAUGAACAGCUGUAUAGAAAAACCACCUAGGAGUACAGUAGGCUCUCAUAAGCCAACCUUCCAUAAGUCCAAUAAUUGCCUUUAUCAGAACUCCAAGCAUUUUUUCAUACCAGAAUAUGCAAAACGUGUCCUGUUUACAUGCUCUGAGUCAAAUUUCACCCAAGUCGAACAAAAAUAUUGGACUCUUGCAAAGUCACCUGUAUUGCGAAUUAAAUCUUUUUAUUUGGAGCUUUGACUGCUUAAUAUGCGGCCGUUUUCUCACUGGUGGUUUUUCAUUGGUUUGACUGACUUUUUUUUUGGGGGGUGGGGGGAUGGCUGUGGCUGCUCGUAGGAAGAUUGAUGCAGGAUGUAUUGACCCUUGGUAUGAUCAUGUUGGAAAUGUCUUCCAGUAAAUUUCCUUGAGUGAAAAGAGAACGCUUUGAAAGGACAAAAAAAAUAACUAGACCAGCAAAAAUUUAUGUUUGAAUUGCUCUCUUGUGUAGAGCGUUUUUGUUUAUACCACUGAAGAAAAGGCUGUCGUAAUGUAUGUCGAUUAAGAGUUUAAGGGGUAGAGGGUAAUUUUGGCUGCUAGUUUCUGCAAGUGGUAAUAUUCUUUCACCGUAGAUAUCUAGUUCAAGUGUCACUGUCUGCCUUUUCAUUCCUGUUAUAUAUCAUGUCACUUUCUGAUGAGCAAACUAUGUGUGGUGUACUGCACAAUGCAGAAGAACAGGUAUGGAGUUCUAUGAUGUAGACAACCAAUCUUACAUUAUUAUUAUUUUUAGGCUAACUUUUCGGAUAGUUUAGCUGUUGAAUCUUAGAUUAGGAAUAUAUGAAUAUGUUCUAUCCCAUCUGUAGUUAUUUCACUAUGAAAUCAAAGUCACUGAAAUGGAUGAUUCUACAUUGUGGCUUUUAUUUGUAGCUUUCAUGAAGCACUGUACAAUUUUCUAUCGUGAAAAAUAGUCGCUAUUUAUGACAUCUUUUGUAUUUCCAUUAUAGAACAAAGUACGUUAUGUUGCAGGCGUUACAAUGUCCUUCUAUCACCCUUUCUAGAUUUCCCACGUGCUCAUUUCACCUUCUCUUUCCAUACCUCUCUUAUUGUUAUUGUCAUAAGAUCAUAUCUGAAUCUCGUAUGUCUGUGUGAUAUCACUGCUUUGUGUACUUCCUACUGUUUAACUCUUCGUUAUUUAUCAUUGCAAUUCUGGGGUCUGUUUCACGUACACAUUUUGUGAACAUGAAGAAGGCUACUACCACAGAGUCGAUGUGUAACAGCAUGCUGAUGACCUGCACAUUUUAAAGUGUUUGAGCUAAUAUGUGACACUUAUUUAGACAAUUAUGUAUAAAAAAAUAUUUUAUCAGUUCUUCUGUGAUGAAAUAGGUUUAUAAGAAGUCUACUGCCAAAGUUAAAGGAAUGGUAAUGUAAGGUUUUUAAAAACAAAAUUGGAGAGAACUGUGACCUGCUAUAUUACCGGUGUAUACAUGUAUUGGCUUUAAUGUCCACUCCUAUUACUCUGUAUGUACUGCGCUGAUAAAUGAGCAAAAGUCAAACUCUGUUCCAUAAUGAGAAGAGGUAUUCUGUGGUAGUUUUAUGUGAGAAUACUGCAGGUAAUCACAAAUGUGCUUCUAUAUGAUGAAGAAAAGUACUUCACAUGCUAUAAAUUUGAAGUUGACAAAAUCUUAUUUUAAAUCAGUGAAUUCAAUUACGUUGCAACCUCAUGAUAUUUUAUAUAUUAGUUUUUUUUAACUUUGUCUUUAUUGUAUUAAUUAUUUUCAAUGGAAAGCUUGUCUUUUUAGUAAAUUACAAACUUGGAUGGAUUUGGAGCAAUCAUCAAGUAUGGAUAAUGAUAGAAUUAAAGAAACACCUGUAUUAAACAAAUGUAUGUGAUUCAUAAAUGCAGUGUCUUAUUCCCUGAACUUUAUCAUUAGUGACAAGUUCUUAGGAUGUAGGAAAAGCUCCCUGACCCAUUGAGCCAAUGAGAGUCAGAUAUUCUGGUAGCUUACAAGUGUUAUUGAGACUUAAUCAGGGUUGCCAGCAGAUCAGGGAAUUAAUAUUUUUCUUUUUCUCCAGUCAGGAAAAAAAUCAAAGAAUUUUUAUCAGCCCCCUAAUCUGGAAGUUAUCAGUCAGAAUCUGUGAUGUUUUGUUACAUAUCAAAACAAAUAGUUCACAGCUGCAAUGUAGAAAAACAUGUGACAUUGGAAAUGAGUUGAAAAAUUAUCAUGGAAUUUUCAGACUUUGUCAUGUAAAAAUCAGGAAAUUUGUUUCUUUGAAAUGGUGGGAACCAUGUUUAUAGAACUUCAUAGUUUCAUGAAGCAGGUUCUUCAGCUCUUUGAUACACUUUUGCGCUUUCUGAACCUAUUUUAGAGACCAAUGGCUGUUAAUUUGAUAGGAAUAUAUUGGUUAAGAAUAUAUGAGAAUGUUCUUCAGCAUUUUUCUUAUUUUGAAACCUGUAAUAUGAAGAUUAUAAUCAUAACUAUUCCAUUGUAUGAUUCAAAAGCCAUGUGGAUCACCCAGAUAAAGUACUUUUGAAUAAUAACUAUGGAAGUCAUGAAUUUUUGUCAUUAAUUGGAAGAAAGUGUGCAAGUCGUGGCUUGUGUUGAAUUCAUCCAUUGCUCUGCUAUUUAGUUCUGCAUGCCACUAUGAAAAUGGUAUCUUAACCAAAUAUAAUGGUAACAUUUUAUUUCUUUAGUGUAUUGUACUAAUUCUAUGAUAAAACAUUUAUGUUUGAUUUUUUUCUUUCUUUUCUCUUUUUAGGAUAACUAUUUUACAGAAAAGUGAUAACAAUUAAUUGAAAUGUGGAUGAAAAAGAAGAAAAUUUCUCUUUAUCCAUAUAUUUUGAUGUAAAAGUGUAAAUUCUGGAAUUUAUUAUUGCAUACUCCAGUUUUACAUUAAUUCAUGAAGAAAUUAAUUUGUUGAUGAUUGAAAAACAGUAAAAAGGUGGAAUUUCAAAGAUAUCACUUAUCUGAUAUCUAUCUAUAGAUUAGUAAACAAAAUUAUGAUUGCUUGAAGGGUUUUAAGAAGAGAAAAUCAAUUUUAGUUUUUAUGUUAUUAGAAGAUCAUUCACAUGCCCCCAAUACCGUCCACACUUCAAUGGCCAAGUAUGUAUGUUAAUUUUAGAACCGUAUGUUUAUGAAUACUAUUAUAUUUCCUGUGGAAAAAAAGUAUAUCAAGCUCCAUUAUACAUAUUCCUGAUACUCCAGAGGUAAUUCCAUGUUGCACUUGCAUGUAUUGAUAGAGAUUAGGUUCGGUAUUCACUUUAAUACUUGAUUUUAAUAGUUUACAGCUUUUACAAGCAUUUUGCGUGGCCAAGAAAUUUACCUUAAUUCUGAUUCAUUUCAAGCAGCAUUUUAUAUUUUGGAGCCUGAUUUGUGGAAAAAAAUGUCACGAGAAAGUAUAGUGAGUGAUAACACACUGUUAUAGCACAAUUAAUGCAGUGUACUAAAUACUACAUUGUGAUUGUACCAAAUACUACAUUGUGAUUCUGUGUUGAUUAAAUAUCAAGACCCCAAUAUACAUGUAUGUCCCCUUGGGAGUUGAUGAGUUAAAAUACUUUGGGAAACUAUUUUGUUGAAGUAAAUAUCUCAAUAGGACAAUUUAAUUUUCUGUAUGUUUGUAGGAAGCACAUAGGACAUGUCUAAAAUAUUUUAUUGCUCGGUUAUCAGAUUCUUUCAUGCCCACUCACAAAAUUUGUGCUUUUUCUCCACUUCCUGGGGAGCUUUCUCAGUAGAAUCAAGUAUGGUAUUGAAUGUUGGCCCAGGAUUUUUAAUAUUCCAAGUUAAAACUUCAAGAAGACAAUCAGGAUGACUCAUGGAAAUGUCAAUGUUUAGUUAGUCGCAGUAUUAAACUCAACUGGUGUUAAUGGUUUCAUAUAUAAACAUUCAUUUGAAAUAUUAAUCCUAGAUUCUUACAAGGCAAUUAGAUAGUUUUCCUCUUUUUAAUAUGUACCUUUUGGGGAAACAUGUCUUUUGUUUGUCACCAAAAAAAAAAUUUUUGAUGGUGAAACAUAUAGUGUAAUUAUGUGGGUAUUCUCUGUAUUACCUAAUCUUGGUAUUAGCUGUUAGGCAUGCACCUAGGUAACGAUUUAACACUCACAUUUUGAUUUAAUGUGUGUUCCAGUCAUGUAUUUUAUUAUUUUUUUUACUCCACAGUAUUUCUCUGUUACGUUUUAGUCCUUCAGCUCCCCCAUUAGCAAAUGCAAGAAGGGGUAGUUGGAAGAGGUAUUGUGCCAUGAGGCAGAGAGUAUUAAUGUUUUGAAAAGCUACAUAACUAUCCAUUAUAUGAGCAGCCAUUAUGUAGGCAUUGGGCAUACCUGCAUUACCAUGUAGCAUGAAAAUUUUUGGACAGGAAUAUGGCGUACCAUAGCCAUAUGAAGUUAGAAGUGGGUGGACAGAUGUUCUGAUGUUGUGUAAGACCCUCAGCCGCACACAACUGUCAGUUAUAAAGAUUUAUUGUGGAACUGCAUUGAAUGAUUGAAAAAAACAUGUUAAGCAAUGUUGUGGGAUAUUGUAAAAUUCCUGAAUAAAUUAUGUCAUAACGUAUAUGAAAUCUGCAUCUUAUUACCACAUUUCCAGACAGAGUUCACGAGUAUGCAGUUGCUGAUUAUGAUGCAUGAAAUCACCCAUUUGAUCUUUGUGGGUGGAUAUAGCACUGUCAAGAUAAGUACAUCUUAUUACACAUUUCUGUGUAGCUAUUCAUUGUAUAUGUUUUUAUUUCUCGUUUCUUAAAGGAAGAAGCAAUGUGAAUAUCCUUCUUUCCAUGUUAUUAAAGAAUUAAGUUCAAAUAUUUCUCUUCUUGAUUUCUGAAUAUACAUUUCUGAUAUGAUAUUGUUUCUUAUGACUAUGCUUUAUCAAGAGAAAUAAAUCAGAAUAUCUUACGAAA